AUGGCCGAUCCAUUCGGGCUAGCCUCCGGAACCCUUGCCCUAGCGACGCUCGCAUUUCAAAGCAGCAUCUCACUUUAUGAGAUGGUGAACAGCUUCCAUCCACAUCCACAGCGUGCGCGCGAUCUUCUCGGUGAGCUGGAAGCUUUCAACGCCGUGCUAGCAUCCCUCGUUGAUCUGCAGGAGAUACUCCAAUGUGUAUCGCGAUCGAGCAGUAACCGUGACUGGGCAACGCUGACGUGUAUGGGUGAUGAAUUUGACGAUUUCUGCGACUUGCUGGCACGAUCUAAGACCAUGAUCAAUAUUGCCUUGACCGAUGCGACCCUAUGUCGACCUACGGUCGUCGCUGAAAGCAUUGGGGGAUACGAGGGUCUCAUCCAAGAUGCGAAAGAGGACCUGGGAGGUCAGAUUUCUGUAGUCCAGAUGGGUAAUCAACCAAAAAUCGAGUUGCUCCAAGCUGAAGUCGACGAAAAUGACCAAAGCUUUUUUCAAGUCCUAGUUGAUGGGUUGUCUAUUAAAUACAUCACCGUGGAACCGGGCAUUUACAGCACUGAGGACAUGUGCUUUGGCCCUUUUCUGGUGUCGGUCUUGCCGAUGUUCCCCACUGGGGACUGGAACGAAGGAUUGGUGGCUGAAGAUGCAAAAGACGGCAGACCGUUUUUUGCGCGUGUCUGUCUGGCCUCAUUCCCCGGCGUUCGGAACACCUGGCAUGAAACCUAUAUCACUGUAAUAGAUCUGCGUACUCAGUCGUUUCUGAGUGGGUCGCAGAUAGGCGUGGAAAUUGUGCAAGUGUAUCCACACAAGCGGUCCAUCCAUGGAUGUCGUGCAUAG